GAUUACAAAGUAGCCGGCAGAAGAUAUAACACUGAUGUCACAGUCAGUUAAUUUUUUUUUUUUUGUUUAAUUCGCUCGCUCAGUUUUUAUAAAAAAUUUUAAAUAUGAAUCUUUUAAGUUUUGUUGUAUUGUUGUGUAUAUUCGGGUGGGGAAUGGGCGCAGGCCUUGAACAGGUUGACGACUCAGAUUUAGUGCAUUUGUUAACUGGCGAUGACAACGUCAUCGUUUUGUUUACACAAACUAGAUGCGAGGAUUGUAAUAAGUGGGAGUUGCUUGUUGAGAAUAUUUAUAAUGAACUUACUCAGUCUUUGGGUGCUAUUGUGGUUAAAGCCCAUAAUAGUCAGUUAGUUGGUAUUUAUGAUCCUUCAAAGGAACCGUCUUUGGUAUUUUUUAGACGUGGUAUUCCUUUACUCUACCACGGAGACCUUGUUGAAGAUGACGUAGUGCGUUUAUUUAGUGAUAAUAGAGAACCGGUUGUCAAAGAGCUAGCAGAUGAAAAUUUUGAACAUCUGACUCAAGCAGCAACAGGCGCCACUACUGGUGAUUGGUUUGUUUUCUUUUAUUCAGCUGAUUGCAUUUUUUGUCAACGGCUGUAUGCAGUCUGGGAAACUGUAGGAGCUGUUCUGAGACAUCGUCUUAAUGUAGCGCGUGUAAACAGGCUAGAGGCCGGUAUUUCAACCGCGAAACGUUUUGGUAUUACAACAUCUCCAGAAUUUAUAUUCUUACGCCAGGGCAAGUUAUAUCGCUAUAAAUUAAAGGAGUACACUCCAAAAAGUUUUAUCGAGUUUGCACAAAGCGGUUUUGCUAAGCAGUCUCAUCCAGAACCAGUGCCGGCAGAGAUUAGCUAUAUGAGUGAUAUGCUAUCCAAUCCUUUAGAGCUGCUGACGGAAAACAAGAAUGCUGUUAUUAUAGUAAGUGCAUCUGUGGGAUUAUUAGUGCUAAUCGUUUUGAUCAAAAAAUGUUUUACAACAAAACCUAAGAGUCCAUCACCUAAAAGCAAGAAAGCUAAAUAGAUUUUAGUGUGACUUAACUUAUGAUAUCAAAUAUUUUUUUUUACUUAAUUAUUACUUAACAUUUCAUUCCAAGAACAAAUUUAAUUUAUUCUCUUUUAUAAAUGGCUUGAGUAGUUUCACUAUUUUUAAUGUUAUAAAAAAUAAAUCUAUUGAAAUAAAUAAUCAAUUGUUUUCCCAUAUUGUGUUCUUAUAAAUAUUAAUACGAAUUAAGUUAAGUACAA